AUGCGCCUCCUUCACGCGAAGACGUUCAAGCUCCACAGUUUCUACGGCAGGGACAUACCAUCCUAUGCAAUCCUGUCGCAUAGAUGGAGUGACCCCGAAGUUGUGUUCCAGGACUUGGAAAGUGUAAAUGGUGUCGAGAUCGCUCGCACGAACGUGAAAAUAUCAGGGUGCUGUGCUCAGGCUGCAAGAGAUGGAUACGAGUAUGUGUGGAUUGAUUCUUGCUGCAUCGACAAGAGCAGCAGUGCCGAGCUGUCUGAGGCGAUAAACUCUAUGUUUCGCUGGUACAAGGAUGCUAUCAUCUGCUAUGUAUACAUGUCAGACGUCUAUUUUUCAGAAUCGAAUCCAGUGCCAAACAAACAAUCGUUCAAAUCCAGUGCCUGGUUUACAAGAGGCUGGACACUACAGGAGCUGCUGGCACCCGAUAUGAUUGUCUUCUACGACAAGUCUUGGAACGAGAUUGGCACUAAAGCGACAUUGAAAAGCAUAAUUGAGGAAACUACGAGGAUCACACAUUUAUUUGACUUCUCCAAGGCAUGUAUUGCGCAAAAGAUGUCUUGGGCUGCGAUGAGAACAACUACACGGGUUGAAGACGAAGCUUACUGCUUGAUGGGACUGUUCGGGAUCAAUAUGCCCAUUUUGUACGGGGAGGGCAUGAAUGCUUUCCUCCGCCUUCAGCAAGAGAUCAUCAAGCAGUCUGAUGACGAGUCAAUCUUUGCUUGGACGAGCAGUCGCUGGUCAUCCAGCUCCGGAAUGCUGGCAGAGAGCCCUAGUGAUUUUAGAGACGGCGGAGAAGUCGUGCUGAUGGAUUUAAAAGGGGCUCCAGUCUUUCCGUUCGAGACAACGAACAAGGGGCUGAGAAUUCGACUGCAGCUCAUACCAAUAGAGAACCCGUGGUUAUACAGAUCGGGUGCUAAGCAGGAGUUCUUUGCUUCCUUGCGGUGUCAAUGGAAGUUGAAUAAAGACCCUAUAGCGAUCAAGCUAAGGGCUCACAUGGACAGUCCUGACAUGUUUGUAAGAAUAUUCAAUGAUAGAUUAUACACUAAACCCGAGGCUCUCGACGAAAGCACUCGAAUUAUCUACAUCACCACUCCACAAAAGUCGGAUCAUGAGUGGUGGAUGGAUUCGAAUUGCUGGUUUCACGUCGUCGCAAAGGAUUUGUCUGAUUUGGGAUACCGCUCGAAGUGCAUUCGGGGAGAUCGAAUUCCAAGCCUAACCAGUCGGAAGCUCGCCCAAAAUCCAUCAUUGGAAGUUAAGUCACAAGAAGGUGUGGCUUGGGUAAUUUUCCGAAAAUUUGAUUCAGAUAUCUUCUUAGGCAUGACCUUUGAGAACGGCAGGCCGGGAUUACAGCUACAUCAUGUAACAGACUUGGAUGACCAAAGUGCCUUGCCACAGCCGUUGACCGGAUUGCCCAUGGAUAGAACACGCAUCUCACUGGACGGUGAGCUUGAUGUAAGUGUGGCUGUCAGGAAAGUCACAGACAGUGGUCGUGACGAUCGUCCACUAUACCAAGUGUCGAUCACCGUGAGCAAGUCGCACGAUGAAGAGGGAUAA